AUGGGCUCUACUGCCAAGGAGACACCUAUUAACCCCUCCCUUUUCCCUGACUCUUCCAUCAGAUUCACCAGCUACCUUGCAACUGGAAACCUCACAGAGGCUCCGAUAUUCCUACUGCUAGGACUAACAGAUGACCCAGAGCUACAGCCCAUCAUCUUCUGCCUCUUCCUGACCAUGUACCUUGUCACCCUCCUGGGGAACCUGCUCAUUGUCCUGGCCGUGGUCUCAGACCCGCACCUGCACAACCCCAUGUACUUCUUCCUCUCCCACCUCUCCUUCAACGACAUAUGCAUCAGCACCUGCAUCAUUCCCAAGAUGCUGGACAACAUCCGCACCCAGACACAGAGCAUCACUUAUGUCAGCUGCAUUGUUCAGACCUUCUUUUCCAUGAUUUUCACUAGUGCAGAAAACUGUCUCCUUGGCGCCAUGGCUUAUGACCGAUACGUGGCCAUCUGCCACCCGCUGAGGUACACGGUCAUCAUGAACCAGCCGCUCUGUGUGCUGCUCAUUGCUCUCUCACUGUUCACAAGUGUUGCAGUCUCUGGGCUACACACGCUGAUGGCACUGAGACUCUGCUUCCCUUCGAAAGUGCUGGUUCCCCACUUCUUCUGCGAACUUGCUCAGCUGCUCAAACUCGCAUGCUCUGACACUUUCAUUAAUAACCUACUGUUCUACCUGGUGGCUGUUGCUUUUGCUGGAAUUCCAAUCUCAGGCAUCAUUUUCUCCUACACUCGGAUCAUUUCCUCGGUUCUGAGGAUGCCCUCGACACAGGGGAAGCAGAAAGCCUUUUCCACCUGCGGCUCUCACUUGUCCAUAGUUUCCUUGUUCUAUGGGACGGCGUUUGGGGUUUACAUUAGUUCUACAGCCAUGGAAUCUUCCAGAACAUCUGCCAUCCCGUCGGUGAUGUACAUUAUGGUGCCACAGCUGAUGAACCCCUUUAUCUACAGCCUGAGGAACAAGGACAUGAAGGGGGCCAUGAGGAGGCUCCUGAGCAGGAUGAAUUGUUUUGCUAAGAGUCAGUCCUUUGAGGUGUCCUGUAAUGAGAGCACACACAUGAAGGUCUAA